AUGCGUCAAACUGGGGCGAGCCACUGCGAGAAGGCGGUGGGGAAACCUGAAAUAUGUGGCUGCGUGGAGCUCACGAGCGGGCAGCACCUGGCCAGGAGCCUUUUGCAGGACUGGUGCAGGGCGCUGGGUGUGGGCGUGCACAGGGCCCUGCUGGUCACACCCGUUCUCGGUGGUCUGGACCAGGUGGACAUUGAAGCCACCAUGCAGCCCACCUUCCUGCCCCUGGGGACCUUUAGGCUGGGGAACAUGAGGGCCCUGAAGCAGGGGAAAGCUAAGGCCGCCCUGCUGGAGUUUGAGGAGAAGGUUAAUCACGCUGCCAUCCCCAGGGCGGAUCCGGAGGGCUGUGGCCAGAGGUGGUUGGCUGACCAUAAGGGCAAGAAGAGGGGCCAGGGAGGGUGGCUCCCCCUGAGAAGUGGGUCCGAGGACUCUGCAGAGAGCCUGAGCAUCCUCACGGAGCAGACCCACGAGGAGAACGCAGCGCUCCAGGCGGCCGGGGACAUGGUGGCCUGGCUGGCUGUGGACACAUCAGAUGAGGAGCCGGUAGACAGUGACACUUUGGAUAAUGAGUCACAGGAAAAUGGGGGCCAGGAAAAUGGGGUGGACCAUCCUGAGUCCAUGGCUGUUGUGGCAUGUACAGACCCUGUGUGUCCCCUGGGCCGGGAAGAAAUGUGAGAAAUUGUUUCUGUGGGAGCUAACAGUUGCUGGACUGAGGUGACAAGGACAAAAAGAUGCCCUUUGCGAGUCUUGUCUGUCCUAGCCAAGGACACUUCUGCAACCAUAAAGGUGGCCGAAGCAGGUGUGGUGAGGUGGACUCCGUGGACCUAAGGAGAAGAUGACCUAGACCUUCUAGAAUGCCCUUCUAGCCUGGCUGAGCCUGAGAACCCCCAAGGGGAGCAGGCUGGGCAUGGUCUCCUGGGGGCUGGGAUGCUCCUGGCUGUCCAGCACGUGGCUGAGACGAUGACGGAGGAGAAAGACGCCGGGGAAGGCAGGAGGCACAAGAUGCGGAAUGGCCCCGGGAGCUCCUGGAUCUCCUUCCUGGGUGGCCGGGACAAACAGACUAAUGACGAGGAGGUGGCUUCACAGGAAGGGUCGCAGGAGUCCGAGGACUCAGGGAGCGCGGAGUCGGAGCCCCAGGAAAGGCGCCCAAGAAGCCCUGGGCCAGGAGGGCGCGCACAUCUGCAGGCGCCUAGCUCAGGCCCGCGAGUCCACUGUCCCCUCCCUUCUCGGGCUUGCAAAAUCCGCGGGGGCGGCGGAAGCCGAGGUCGGGACGUCACUCCCGAGAAGAGAGCCGGGACCCAGGCUGCGACCAAGGACGGUGCCGCGGGGAACAGGAAGAGCGAACGGACCGCAGGUGCUGGGGGUACGGCCAAGGCUGGCGAGGGCUGCCUCCCCACCUCUCCCCCGGCUCCAGCUCCGCCGGCGGGAAGAAAGCUUGUCGGGAUAGGGGGCUGCCCCAGAUGCCGCUAG